CCGCGCCAUCUACUUAGCGAGCGGUUUUACCUAACAGUCUUAAAUUUAAUAAUAAAUUUCAUAAGCAAGUAGUCACGCAAGUUGCAUAGAAUGAGCAGAUAUUUCGAGCAAUUACGAAAAUCUAUUCGCAUCAAGCGUGUAACAUAUCCCUGUUACUUUGAAAAAAUAUUCUACACUUUGCAGAAAACUUAACAUUCAUUCGCCAUGGAUGUUAAUUCGAAGUUAGAAAGGUUCGAAGAUACUGAUCUGGACGAAAAAUCUCUAAUAUCAGUGAAGUUUGAAAUAAACGAAAAUGAGGAAGAAGUUACAACAAAAUUAAAUUUGUUGAAGAAGUUACUUUCUGAUUUGGAAAAUUUAAAUGCAAACACGAAUGACGAGUUUCUAUUGAGGUUUUUGAGGGGAUCUAAGUUUGAUGUAGACAAAGCUUUUUCCAGAAUUCGAAACUAUUAUUCAGUUCGGAAAAAGCGUGCAGAUUUGUUCGAGAGAUGUUACCCCACCGCACUCCCGUUGGUUCAAGACGCAGAUCAUUCGAAAGCUUUGCCAUUUCGAAUGCACGAUCACAGUGCUGUACUUAUUCAUGAACAAGAGGGUAUACAUUUGGAAACUAUUCCAUUUGAGGAGUAUUUUCUUAUGGAUGUACUAAUAAUGGAAUACAUACUAGAAAACCCCAUUACCCAAAGAUGUGGAUUAUCGAUAAUUAUGGAUUAUAAAGGCUACAACCUUCAAAAAUUUUUAUCCUUCACACCGCAGAGGCUACGCUUGUGUGCAGAUACUUUUCAGAAUUCGUAUCCAGUAAGAAUUCGGAGGGUGCACGUUGUUAACGCCCCUCGUCUAGUGUCCUUAUUAUAUAAUAUGGCGUACCCUUUUCUCACAAAGAAACUUAGGUCAAGA